AUGAUCAGCAAAGCAGUUUUGAGAAGAUCGGCGUUGUGCGUCCUUAGACCAUCGACGCUCUCUGCCCGGUCCGUCGUGGUAUCUUCGGCUUUUGGACCCCAGAGGGCCGUCCACAACUCGAGUUCCAGCAACAGUAAUAUCGGUGAUAAGGUGAGAGACACCCUUCAGGAGCUAAACAAGAAGAUUGGGCAAGCGGCUGCCAGCGGCAUUGAAAGUGCUGAGGGAGCGACGCAUAAGGUCAGUGAGAAGGCACACGAGGCUUCUGAAGCGACCAAACACGGUCUCAAUGCUGUCAACAAGAAAGUAGGCCAGGCAGCUGCCGAAGGCAUUGACAAGGCUCAACACAGCGCACAUGAGGCUAAAGAGAACUUGAAGCAGCACGAUUCUCCAGUGGAGGCUGGCAAAGAGGGUCUAGAUGCUAUUAACAAGAAGGCCGGCCAAGCGGCUGCGGACGGUAUCGAGAAAGCGCAAAAUGCGUCUAAAGAUGUACAGGACAAAUGGAACAAGAGCGAUCCUGCUACGAACUUUGCUGACCAAUCUGCAGAGGCGGUGAACAAGGCUGGCAAGGAGGCUAAAAAGGGCGUGAAAAAGGCUGAGCAAAUGGCUGAAAAGUACAAGAAUUAA